UAAAAGCCAACACGUGAGCUUGUUCCCCGUGCGAGUUCAUUCUUGAAGGUGAAGCGUCGUUCUCCUCCAUUCAAUUCACACAGAAGAUGUCAACCCUGUCUGCUGCCAGUGUGGAAGCUGCUGCUGUGCCUGACAGCACAGAGCAGAAGAAACCACUAAAGCCAUGCUGUGCUUGUCCUGAAACAAAGAAAGUCAGGGAUGCAUGCAUCAUUGAGAAGGGAGAGGAAAACUGCACAGCACUCAUUGAUGCACACAAAGACUGCAUGAGACAGCUUGGAUUCAAGAUUUAAUAACUCCAUUUUGUGUGUAUGCGUGUGUGCUGUAUGAUUGGAAGAUGACCCUGGAUAUUCCUUUCUUCUCUCCCCUAUUUAUACCUCAGCUUGAAGGGAAAUGUGAUAAUGAUGCACUCUGGCUCUGAUGGGUGGCUGUCCUUCUGUGUGAAUUGUUUCUUUUUUUUUUUUUUAAGUCUGCAGAAUUUGAUAAAUGUGACUCUAAAAUGUCUGAAAUUGAAUAAAAGUCCUAUGCAAUAA